UCGCCGACCGCAGGUAAACGCCGGGAAGAAGAAGAAGAAAAAAGUAAUUCGGGUUCCGUUUCCAGGGCGAAUCGGUUGGCGGCUGAGAAGCGCCAAAUCAAAAACAACAAAUCAAAAACACCGAGGGAACAAACAGUCCAAGCCUGCAGGGUCCGUGUGAUGGAAGCCGACGCCUCUCGGCGUUAGCUGCCUCUCCUCACAUUUCAGCCUUUGACGUGAACCGGCUUGCUACCCCGGUAAAAGACUCUCAUAGCGGCAGCUAGUCAAAUAACAUGGAGGAACUCUUCAGCAAAGUGUCCCAAGUGAACGUGAGGUGCAGGGACUGUGAGGAAAGGAAAGCAAAUAUUCGUGUCACUAUCGAGUUUCAUUUGACAACAAGUCCAGUGCACAAAAGGGAUCUUCUAGUACGACUAACAGAUGAUUUAGAUCCAUAUUUUCUCUUCAACCUCUCUAUAUCAGAAGAAGAUUUCCAAAGUUUGAAAGUCCAGCAGGGGCUUCUGAUAGACUUUGCAUCAUUUCCUCAGAAGUUCAUUGACCUGCUUAAUCUUUGCUAUUCUGAGCAAGAGUCAGACAAUCCAAGGUUUCUCCUACACUUGUCAUGUCAGUCUCCAGUGCUUGAAGGCCCCGUGAACUUGAGUGUUGUAGAGACAAACGCAUUCAAACACCUGAAUCACUUGUCUUUACGUCUCGCUCAAGGUUCUGACAAAGAGGUUAAAGACUAUCUGGCAGCGUGUCUCUCAUCUCUGAAGGUAGAGAAGCAGGCCCUAGAGGUGAAGCUUAAGAAGACUGAAGAUGAUCUGUCCAGGCAGCUGAGUUACGCUCAACAGACUCUCUCUGAGAAGACUAAAGAGUUGGACAAACUGCGUUCAGAAUGGACAAAUCAGACCAGUUCUCUGUCUGGCCGUCAUUCUCAGGAGUUACAAUUAGAGAGAGAGAAGGCUGUAGAGUUACAGAACAAGCUUCGGCAGCAGACUGAGCAGCUCCGUCAAGACCUGGAGAGUGCUCAUAAGAAGAGCAGCCAGCAGCUUCAAAGCAGAGUGACAGAGCUGGAGGCCUCCUGCAGAGAGCUGACAGAGAGGAAAUACAAGAACGAGUCUGUCAUCAGAGACCAGAAGAUUAAAUUAGUGGGUGCAGAGGAGGAGUGCCAGCGUUCAAAGCAGCAGGUCCUGUCUCUUAGGAGGGAGAACAGCACUUUGGACACAGAGGUCCAUGAGAAGGAGCGUUUGGUGAGCCAGCUGCAGAUGAAAGUGGCUGUUUUAGAACAGGAGAUCAAAGAUAAGGAUCAGCUGAUGCGUCGCACAAAAGAGGUGCUGGAAGCCACUCAGCAGCAGAAGGAAUCAGUGGAGGAAAAUGCUGAAAGUAAAGAACUUCAGAUUAGAAAACUUGAAGCAACGGUGAAGUCACUGUCUGAGGAGCUGAUAAAGGCUAAUGGUAUCAUUAAAAAGCUGCAAGGGGAGGUUCGAGGCCUAGUUGGAAAAAUAAAAGUCAAAAACACUGUGACUGUGUCACAGGAGAAGGUCCUUCAGAACACAUCAGAAAAACUUCAAAACAUUGAAAAGGGUCUACAGACCGCUCAGGAGCAGCUCGUCACCAAGGAUGAGCAGGUUUCAAAAUUAAAGGAGCAGUUGGAAAUGACUGUACAGAAGCUAAAUGAAAGCAGAGAAGUGUUAAAAACAAAUGAGAAUGUUAUAAAUUGGCUUAACAAGCAGCUAAAUGAAAAGCAGCUGUCCAGAAAUCCACCGUCUACUGAAUGUUUGGAGAAUCCUUCAGUUUUAUCCACAACAACAGGACUAAGGGCACAGUUUUAUCCUCAGACAGGCAAACCUGCUAUAUCUCCUAGGGUGACUGCUGAUGUCACUCCUGCUGAACAGCGAGCUGUGCAGCCAGCCAACAGACAGACUGGAGACUAUGCAGGUCUGGAUUCUAAGUACUUUGAGAGGAGAGACGAUAGCAUCCCAAUCUACGGUCUGUCGUCUAAUCUGCUACACAGAGAGUUCUCUCAGCGAGCAAAGGCUCCCGUAGCUUCUGCUUACUUCUCUGCAUGAAGUAGAAGCUACUAGAUUUAAGGAUAGAAAGGCUUUCAUUUCAGCCUCAGGUGGAAGUAAAACCAUCAAAUCCUCACCAUUUUGCUUUAUGUCUUCAGCUCCUGCAAAAAACUGUCACUGACCUGCUGUGCGACAUAAACUUGUUUUUAAGUAGCUAUCGUUGCUAUUUUAAUUUAUGUGCUAAUGGUCUACAUGUCUGUCUUCUAAUUUGUGGUUCAAGUAAAUGCUCUUAAAACUCUAUGGUAGUUUCCAGAGAUCAUUGAGAAUGUACUAAUGUCUUCAAAUAUUUUUUUUCCUAUUUUUGUGUGGUCUUUAAUAAAAAGCUUUCCUGCCUAA